GUAAAGUGGGAAGGGGAGCCGAGCAGGGGGGAGGUCGCGCCCUGCCGCUCCCAGGAUGUGCCGGCGGGGGUCCACACGGGGCCGGACGCCUCGGGUCGCCUACCCUGGCAGCUGUCGGGGUGGCAGUAGCCGGGGAGAGAAGGCAGGAUGACCAGCUCCCCAUUCCUGGAUCCCUGGCCAUCCAAGGAGGUGUCCAUCAGUGAGCGCCUGGGCCUUGGAGACCAUCCCAAUGACUCCUACUGCUACAGCUCAGCCAAGAACAGCACUGUGCUUCAGGGUGUCACCUUCGGAGGCAUCCCCACUGUCCUGCUCAUAGAUGUCAUCUGCUUUCUGUUUUUAGUCCUGGUGUUUUCCUUCAUAAGGAGAAGAUUCUGGGAUUAUGGCCGCAUAGCCCUGGUAUCAGAAGCAGGCAGUGAGACCAGAUUCCAGAGAUUGUCAUCUUCUUCCUCAGGGCAAGAAGACUUUGAAAAUGAACUGGGAUGCUGCCCUUGGCUGACUGCCAUCUUCCGCCUGCACGAUGACCAGAUCCUGGAGUGGUGUGGGGAGGAUGCCAUCCACUACCUGUCCUUCCAGAGGCACAUCAUCUUCCUGCUGGUGGUGAUCAGCUUCUUGUCCCUGUGUGUCAUCUUGCCUGUCAACCUCUCGGGAGACUUGCUGAAUAAAGACCCGUACAGCUUUGGGAGGACGACAAUAGCAAACCUGCAGACGAACAAUGACCUCCUUUGGCUGCACACUGUCUUCUCCGUCAUCUACCUCUUCCUCACUGUGGGCUUUAUGUGGCAUCAUACACGGUCCAUCAGAUACAAGGAGGAGAGCCUGGUGAGACAGACGCUGUUCAUCACAGGACUCCCCAGAGAAGCCAGAAAGGAAACUGUGGAGAGCCACUUCCGGGAUGCGUAUCCUACGUGUGAGGUGGUGGAUGUCCAGCUCUGCUACAGCGUGGCUAAGCUGAUGUACCUGUGCAGAGAGAGGAAGAAGGCAGAGAAGAGUCUCGCCUAUUACACAAGCCUGCAGGCCAAGACAGGCCGAGUGACCCUCAUCAACCCCAAGACUUGUGGCCAGUUCUGCUGCUGCGAAGUGCAGGGCUGUGAGCGGGAAGAUGCCAUCUCUUAUUACGCCCGAAUGAAUGAUAGAUUGCUGGAGAGGAUCACCGCUGAGGAGUGCCGGGUCCAGGACCAGCCCCUAGGAAUGGCCUUUGUCACCUUCCGUGAGAAGUCCAUGGCUACUUUCAUCCUGAAAGACUUUAAUGCCUGCAAGUGCCAGGGCCUUCGGUGUAAAGGGGAGCCCCAGCCGUCCUCCUAUAGCAGAGAACUCUGCGUCUCCAAGUGGACCGUCACCUUUGCCUCCUACCCUGAGGACAUCUGCUGGAAGAACCUCUCCGUCCAGGGUGUCCGCUGGUGGCUCCAGUGGCUGGGCAUCAACUUCACUCUGUUUGUGGUGCUGUUUUUCCUGACCACACCCUCCAUCAUUAUAUCCACCAUGGACAAGUUCAAUGUCACCAAACCCAUCCAUGCGUUGAAUGACCCUAUCAUCAGCCAGUUUUUCCCCACACUCCUGCUCUGGUCCUUCUCGGCGCUGCUCCCAACCAUUGUCUACUACUCCACACUGCUGGAGUCUCACUGGACGAGGUCAGGGGAAAACCGGAUCAUGGUGUCCAAGGUCUACAUAUUCUUGAUCUUCAUGGUGCUGAUCCUGCCCUCCCUCGGCCUGACUAGCCUGGAUUUCUUCUUCCGGUGGCUCUUUGACAAAACUUCCUCAGAUGGCUCCAUCCGGCUGGAGUGUGUCUUCCUGCCAGACCAGGGUGCCUUCUUUGUGAACUACGUCAUCGCCUCAGCCUUCAUCGGCAGUGGCAUGGAGCUGCUGCGGCUGCCGGGCCUCAUCCUCUAUACCUUCCGCAUGAUCAUGGCCAAGACAGCCGCUGACCGCAGGAAUGUUAAGCAGAACCAAGCCUUUGAAUACGAGUUCGGAGCCAUGUAUGCAUGGACGCUGUGUGUCUUCACCGUCAUCAUGGCCUACAGCAUCACCUGCCCCAUCAUCGUGCCAUUUGGUCUCAUCUACAUCCUGCUCAAGCAUCUGGUGGACCGGCACAACCUGUAUUUCGCUUACCUCCCGGCCAAGCUGGAGAAGAGGAUUCAUUUUGCUGCUGUGAACCAGGCCUUAGCAGCUCCCAUCCUCUGCCUCUUCUGGCUUUUCUUUUUCUCCUUCCUUCGUCUGGGUCUGACGGCCCCCUCCACUCUGUUCACCUUCCUGGUGGUGCUGCUCACCAUCCUGGCCUGCCUGCUCUACACUUGCUUUGGAUGCUUCAAGCACCUGAGCCCCUGGAACUACAAGACAGAAGAAUCGUCAAGUGACCGAGGAAGCGAAACAGAGGCCCACGUGCCCCCAUCAUUCACACCCUACGUGCCUCGGAUUCUGAACGGUUUGGCCUCUGAGAAGACGGCAUUAUCCCCGCAGCAGCAGCAGACGUACGGUGCCAUCCGUAACAUCAGUGGGACUCUUACUGGGCAGCCUGUGGCUCAGAAUCUUAGUGACAGCCUGGCUGAUGCUUACCAGGAAUCCUGAGAGUGGGCAAGCUGCUGGUCUGACUGGCUCAGGGCACUCAGGAGGGACUGGAGCCCAGACAGGCUCUUGAGUGCUUUCCUGUUUUCAAGCUUCUGUUUCGUGAGAGGAGGGAACCAGCAGGUCAUGGGGGCUCAGGCCCAUGGCUGAGGGUAUACGGUAGGGCUGCUGUUCCUAAGCGCCAUCUGUAGGCUGCUUUUCUGGUUCUAGUGUGGGGAACACCUGCAGCUCUCUCCCUCAUGUGGCCAGAUGAGGAUGUGCACAUUUCUUCCUCCACCCACCGCAAGGGUACAGUUCUGAAGGUGGGAUGAUGUCCCCAGUGGUUUGUUGUCAUGAUCGUGUGUUGGAAUUUUGAUCAGAAUGAUCAGAUUUAGAGACCACUGAUUGAUGGGGAGAUGUGUCCAGGAAAACCCGGGAACGCUGCUUAGCCUUCUGUAAGCGGAUGCAUAGCUAAUGACCAGCGACCCUGCAGCAGUUGGGUCAGAGACAGAGCCCAUGGGGGGGGGGGGUCCUACAAUGCUUCCCAAGCCUGCAGCCCCUUCUCAGGGAAAAGUGGACGGCUGUAGGGACCAGGAAGCAUCUUGUCCUUGCUGCCAGCAGCAGGCAGCAUGCACUUGCCCACUGGCUAUGUGGCCACCUUCACACCUGCUGUACCUCUGGGUUUUUGUAUCAUGUUGCCUGAGAUCCUGUGACUGGGGUCACCCUGCAGUAGGCAGGGACACUGAGAACCAUUAAUAAAGUGGCCACUCGGUUGGUGGUAAGAUCUCA